AUGGAUGCGAAUGAUACGAUUGCUACUCGUGGAGGAACAUUGCGUUAUCUUGUUCCUGCUCCUUUCUCCUUUUCUACUGUCAUCGCAGCCAUUGUAGUCUGCUUUGUAUGGUAUACUAUGUUCAAUAGAACAGGGAAUGAGAUGUUUAAAGCACCUAUUAUAGGCCCCGAAGACACGAUCAGAGCCAGAUGGCAAUUCUUUCGAAAUGCGUCCACAUUCUUGAAUGAAGGAUAUAAGAAGUAUAAGGGCAAGAUCUUCAAACUAUCAGGACAUGAUAUCCUCGUCCUUCCUAGCAAAUACAUUACUGAGCUGAGGAGUAUGCCCGAUGAAGAGCUAAGUUCAAUCCAGGCCAAUAUCGAUAACUUUGAAGGUCUAUACUCAACUACUGCCAUCCUCACUGAAGGGAACUUGCAUACUCGCACCAUUCAGAGCAGACUGACACCUAGACUGCGUCACCACGUACCAGUAGUGCAAGAGGUAUUGAAUAGACACUUUCCCGAAGAGCUUCCUGCGACCAAAUAUGGUUACUCCAAAAUAAAGGGUUUCCAUUUGAUCCUUCGUCUAGUGUCUUUUAUCGCAGCUCGCCACUUUGUCGGCUCUCCCCUGUGCGAAGAUGAGGAAUGGCUCUCAGUAGCGCUAACCUAUACUGAAAAUGCCUUCAAGACCAUCAUCGUCCUGCGCAUUUUCCCCGACUGGGCCAAGCUGUUCGUUGCAGUCUUCCUUCCAUUUUCGUACCAGGUCAGCUGGGCACUUAGAAAAGCCAAACGCAUCGUUAUUCCUCUUAUCGAAGAGCGACGUAAGCGUGAAAGGGAAGAUCCUAACCACACGAAACCUGAAGACUUCUUACAGUACAUGAUGGAUGGAGCUGGUGAAUUUGAUGGCCAGCCCGACAAGCUUGCCCAUCGUCUGUUAAUAUUGACGCUUGCCGCUGUUCAUACUACAUCCAUGGCUGCUACACAAACGCUAUUCGAUCUAUGUGCGCACCCUGAAUAUAUUGAACCGUUGCGACAAGAAGUUUUAGAAGUGUUGCAAAGUGAGGGAGGAUAUACGAAACAGACUCUAACGCAUUUUAAGAAACUAGAUAGUUUCAUGCGAGAGUCCCAGAGACUGAAUCCCCCCAGUUUACUCGGAUUCAAACGCGCUGUUCGAAAGCCCCUGACGCUAUCUGAUGGUACUUAUCUUCCAAAAGGUGUUCAUCUAAUGAUGCCUAUCGCACCCGUUGUGCUCGAUCCCGAGGUGACACCAAAUCCUUACACAUUCGAUGGCUUACGACACUACCAUAACCGCGAUAAACCGGGCGAGGCACACAAGCAUCAAUUCGCUACUACAAGUGAUGAUAACCUUCAUUUUGGACACGGGAAGUAUUCCUGCCCUGGACGAUUUUUAGCAGGCAAUUCGGUCAAAAUGAUAAUCUCAAACAUCUUGCUGAGGUACGACUUACGAUAUCCCGAAGGUGUUACGACCCGGCCGCCUAAUGUGUGCCUCCACGAAUACGUGUUCCCGAAUCCCGAAGCCGAGAUUGAAUUUAUGAGGAGAGAUGAAAAGUCCGAAUGGAUAGACGAUUAA